ACGUACGACGCGAUAUGCUGUUUGUAUUGAGAUUGAAGACUGAUUUCGGCGCUUAGAUAUUACAGUUAGUUAUUUAAUAUUUAUUUCGGCGUUUGAUUAUUUAUCUUUACAUUUUUUCCAAAUUUGGGUAAGAUUGUUUAACUUUUAAAAAUAAUCAUCAUAGUUCAUCUUCGAUAGUAAAGAUGAGUAAAGCACAUCCUCCCGAGUUGAAAAGGUACUUGGACAAAAAACUGCAAUUAAAACUGAAUGCCAAUCGACAAGUAGCUGGAGUGUUACGUGGCUUUGAUCCUUUUAUGAAUUUAGUCCUAGACGAGACGGUUGAAAAACUGAAAGAUGGUGUUGUCAAUAACAUAGGCAUGGUGGUCAUUAGAGGCGAUAGUGUGCUUACAAUAGAAGCACUAGACAGAAUUGAUCAACAUUAAAUAUUUAAAGUCUUUGUACAUUUUUUUCUAAUAAUAUUUUCAAAAUGACAACUAAUAAAAUUAUCAACUGUAUAACUUGUAUUAAAACAUAAUGGUUCUUAAAUAAAACUAUAUCUGUUUCCUAGCUAUUAA